UAGGUCAAGUAAGUCGAAACAAUCGAUAAGGAGAUUUUGUUUUCGUACCACUCGUAAUCAAAUAAAAAUCAAAUCAUUUUAAUACAAUUUUUGGUAAUCUUAUCGUUUUAAGUAGAUCUACGUAAAGAAGUAAAACUUGAUUCCAUGACUGAGUGCUGAAAAUAUGAUGACCUGCAUGAAACGAAAAGAGCUGGAAUCUUAUUUGCAAGAUGUGGAUGUAUUUGAUAAUCCAAAAAUAAAACUUGAACAAUACCCCACAACACCACACAUUGCAGCAUGUAUGCUGCACACAAUUUCUGCAACGUAUGAUGAUUUGGCUGGAAAAACUAUAGCAGAUCUUGGUGUAGGUUGUGGAGUGCUAAGUAUUGGGGCAACUAUGUUAGGAGCUAGGUAUGUACUUGGUGUUGAUAUUGAUGAAGAUGCCUUAGAGAUAUGCUCAGGAAAUUUAGAAGAAUUUGAAAUGACAAGUAUCGAUCUUGUUGCUGCAGAUGUAAAAUAUCUGUUUGGCUCUAACCCUGAAAACAGUCGUUUGUAUAAACAGUUUGACAGCGUGGUAAUGAAUCCCCCUUUUGGUACCAAACGUAAUGAAGGAAUAGAUAUGGAUUUUCUGCUGGCUGGUCUAAAUUUGUCUAACAACUCAGUUUAUUCUUUACACAAAACUUCUACAAGAGAGCAUAUAUUGAAAAAAGCAUCAAGUUGGGGAGUAGAGGCUACUGUUGUAGCUGAGCUGAGGUAUGACUUGGCUAACACUUUCAAGUUUCACAAGAAAAAAGUUGUCGAUAUUGAAGUAGAUUUUAUCAGAUUUUCUCAUACAAAAAAAUUAAAAUAAACUUUUUCUUAUACA